GUGUAGAAUCUUGAAUGAAGAAAAAGCCAUACCAGUUCCGAGAUCGACUUGACAAGUCUAUAGAAUGACUAUGAUUAACAAAUCACGUCACUUCACCACACCAUUUUAUCUUUAUUGGUGCUCCGGUUCCGGUAGACUGUCUUUUUAUGUAGACGUUUUAUGCAGAAAGACGAAUCACAAACCCCGUCACAAACCAGGAUACUCUGGUCUACAAUAACAGCUAACCUUGCAAUUUUAUUAUGAAUUUGCAUUUUGCAGUACCCUAUCAAUCAAAUCUCAGAUUCCACAAAAGAAGUGAAUCUAUAGUUGAGUAUUUAUUGCCAUAAUAAACAGAUCAAAGGAAGUUAUAAUGUCUUAGGUCUCUUUCUCUUCUUGCAUUCUAAAUUUUUCUGUUGGAUAUUAAAACAGUUAAAACUGAACUGCUGAGAAAUAACCAACGAACCGGUUGUAGCAAAAUCAGCUAUUCAGCCUUUUACCACUCAAUUUUCUACUUUAUUUUUACAAACUUUCCAUGAACCAGAUGAGAUGACCUAUAUUAAUCGUUUAAGUAGGUGAACAUCUCCUCUUACAUUCAAUGUGAUCUUUCUCCGUCAUGUCGACUAGUCGACUGUUUCCGUCGUUACUGGAAGACCAAGUAAGCCAUUGCUUACUUUUAAUUAGUUUAUUUCUAUCGCCGGUAAUCGAUGGCCUCAGUUUCACGACAAAUUUUAAAUCGGAAUCCGACGAGCGGUUUAUUUACUCGAGUGUUCCAACCGCAUCUGCUGCUUCAAAUGCAAGUAAAACAUGUCUGCAACAUACAGAAGAAUACCUAACGGCGAUACGUAGUCGACUUCCAUGGGCAGUCAAAAUGUACGAGUCCUCCGGGAGACUGGUGGAAGAUUUGAUUUACAUGGAAGGAAGCGAAAUCCUUCACCACGAACCAGGAUUGUUUGAUGAAUGUCUAUCGGUUGAAUUCGAUGGAAUUCCUUUCCAAGGUCAAUAUUGCACCGUCUUCUUUGGACUGAAAUUAAUUGAUCAAAUAAACGGCAAUCAAAAAUACAUUUCUAACACGCCAAGGGAAGAUGAGAACAAUGGACGAGUCGAACCAAUCGAAAAUUUCUACUUUUUUCAAAGGCCCAGUGUUGGUUUCUGCCUACCUUCGACCUGCAAUGCAGUCGAUUUAACAUCUGCAGUUUCCCAACAUGUUGGGCAUCGCACUAUCAAAGGAACAAAUUAUUCUAUAGUCACCAUCGCCAACGAGAAUUACUGUUACACUCAAGAGAAAACUGUUUUAAGAAGGAUGACGUUUGAUAACCUAACUAUCACCGUUACGUUCGCAUUUUGUCUUUUGGGCAUUACAGUCGCAACGGCGACAGUUCACGAUAACUGGAAAGGAAACGAUUCCCGACAAUCGUUCGCUAUUCAGUUGCUUUACUGUUUUUCCGCUAGGAAAAACUUCAAAACUUUAUUCUCGACUGAAGAUGCAAAAGAUAACUUAUCGUGUGUAAACGGGAUACGAGUUUUGUCAACUUGCUGGAUUGUUCUAAUCCAUGUUGGCGGUGCGUUUACGUUACCAAGAUUAAUAUACAACCGACAAAUGGCUGUUGAGAAAACAUUACAGCUGCGUUAUCAGUUCAUAACAAAUGGAUUGUUCGCAGUUGAUACUUUCUUUUUACUGAGUGGCCUCCUAGUUGCAUUUGUUGAGAAUAUACAAGGUUAUUCGAGUCACAUGAGGCAUCCGUAUUAA